UGGAUGGCGGUGGUGAUGGUGACGACCAUCACAAUAUUCCAAACAUCCCCCCCCCCAAACAUGCCGGCGGGUCCAAGUCCAAGUUCAGCCACCACCAAGAAGAUCUGCCCACGCAAGACCAUGCUCUCCCGUUUGUUUAUUUAUUC